CUCUCCUAUGAGACUGAGUGUCUGUCUGGGAGCUCUCCUAUGAGACUGAGUGUCUGUCAGUGAGCUCUCCUGUGAGAGAGUGAGCUCUCUCUCUAAUCUGUAAAGCAGACUGUCUCCCAUUGGACCCUGUGUAGAUGUGACACUUGCUCAGGACCAUGUCUGCUAAGAAAGACGGGACCUCCUUUAGCAUUGAGGAUGACAGCUACACAGAGGAUGUUUCCCGUGCCUGGGACAGUCUGCAGGAAGCCAAACAUGUGUUACAAAGGAUUGAGAACAAAAUGAGUCCCGAGGUUCACAGGCGGAAAUGGAUGCCGAAAACACAGAGACUGUUGUUUGAUAGAGAUUCAUUUUCUGGGCACGAUUCUUGUUUUACCACAAUUAAUGAUCAGCUGCUCUUAGGAGACAUCAAGGAACACAGCAGACGGGCAGACGAGACAUUUACACUAGACAGGUUUCCAGAAAGGGAUGACACAUAUGAUUCUUCCAUCGAAGACAUUAAACUUGGCUGCUCAGGCAGAAACUUGUCUUCAAAGUCCUCAUUCUUUUCAGAAAGGAAGGUAUUUCCCACCGAUAUGGACAGAAGACAUAUCAUGGCAUAUAGCACAAAGCUCGAUGAUCAGGACUGGUUACCAGCGAAAACUCACAGAACCUCUGGAGAUAUAUCUUUUCUAGAAAGCAAUAGACCCAGAGAAUAUGUGGUAGAAGAUACUUUGAACACAUAUUUGGAUGAGUUUUCUUAUCCACUGACUGUCCAAAACUUGCACUCUGAGGAGCAAAAUGUGCCCUGCGUUUCCGCAUAUCACAUCAUGACUACGUUAUCUCCAAAGAGGGACUUAUAUACUCAGAAACUGGACUACCUUAAGAACAAAUCACCCAAUGACAAACUAGAGAGAUUGAAGGAGAAGAUCAGAGAACAGAAACGAAGACGGAAUGCCUCAAGGGAAAGGCUACCAAACGCUUGGCAAGCUGGGGCAACGAUUAUCAAGCCUCUCUUGAAACGAAAGGUUUGCAAGGUGACGUUUGCCCCUCCUCCUCGUAACUUUAAAGGUAUCAGUGCUCAAAGUAAGAAGACGGGCCGCUCAAUUGCCGAGAUGAGAGAACCCAGGAGCAGAAAUAGGAUGGAAACGCUACCUUUAGGAAAACCCCAAAAUGCCAUAAAAAAGAGUCCGGUUUUUAGGAAACUGUCGUUUGAAUCCCCAUCACCAGAGAAAAAAGCAAGAAGCACGGAUCUAUACGGAGCGUCCGCGUGGAGGGAGGGACAAAAGCUUGUGAAGAAGUUACUCGGCCCAAGUCCAGUUGUGUCGAAAAUGCUGCGUGUUUCUCAAGAAGAUGGUGGGGCUACCAUGAGAGCAGGAAGCUGCAAAAGUAUAAGUCAGAAAACGCUAUUACCGUCAGAUGCUCCUGUUAGUCACCUGAAUACUAAAACGUUCACCCAAGCCUGUAGGAAGCCUGGUCAUUGCGCAGACGUAAACCUGCACAGCUCUACACCUGAAGCCCUACAACGUAUCUCUACUGAAGUACCAGGGAUGAGAGUCUUAGACAGAGGCAGAGGAGUGGAUAUGCCAAAAAGUGAAGCUGGGAUCCUUCAACAUGUAGCCAGGAGGUCAGAAAGUACAUCCCCUAAAAGAUCUCUCACAGAUUUAGUCAGCUUGGCACAGAAUCCUAAGAAGGAAAAUGUAGCACAAGGAGACCAGAAGCAGGGUAGAAAACACAAGAUUCGAAGCUACAGUGUCGAGGAAGUGCGGGACUUCAUGAAGAAAAAGAAUAUGGAGAGGCUGAAGCGAGAGCGAGAAGCCCAGAGUUUGUUACAAAAUGCUGCGCAGUUGCGACAGAAAAGAUUGCAAGCUGUCUUCAAGAAGCAAAAAGAUGCUUUUCCCUUCAGGAGUGACCCCAAAGCACGUGUCAAGUACCACCAAAGAAAGCAUUGUGAAACAACGUGUCUCGGAAGUGAGGAAAAAGGCAUUCCUGAAUGGGUUCAGUUAAAAUCAUUGGCUCUACUUAAAGAAGUAGAUCAGAGCAGCAGAAAAGGCACACCCCAUGCAAAUAAGGACCCUGUCCAAGAUGAACACUCUAGUCCACUCAAACUUCAAGAUUUGGAUACAUUUAGUAUGACAUUAAAAAAGCAGAUUGCAGAGAUCUCUUCAAAAAACGAUGGCAUAUACGAUUCUUCACCACCAAACAGAGACCCAUCCCUGUCUCCAUAUCGAGAUAACCAAGACCGUAUGAAGGCUAUUUGGGCUGUGGCCAAAGAGCUGGGGGAGAGGAUUGAAGUGGAAGCAAGUAGGCUAGGAACAAAACAAAUACCCCAAGAUCCCAGUAGUAAUCCAGUUCCAAUACAACACACCUCACCAGCGAAGGUCAGCCCAACUGGCUCGCCAAACAACAGGAUCUCCAGGUUCUCACCAGAGCUGUCUUCCAUUAGACAUGGAAAAGCUGCCCAACCUGAGACUGAGAGAAGAAGAAAUUUAGAAAAAUGGAGAGUGAGUGAUAGCAGCCUUGGUACCUAUACCGUAAGCACAACUUCCAGAAAUGAUAAUUUGCCACAGACGUCUGGUCAUGUUGGAAGUGACACCAUGAUGGAGGAGGUGAUGGACAGGGAAUAUCACAUUAACAAAGGGUACCGCGAUCGCAAAAGGUCUCCAACCAAUAAGAGACAUCAGGACAAGAAGACUCGAAAAGAUAGCCCCAACCGCCAAUCCUCAAGCACAAGUCCGCAGGUAAUUCCAAUGAAAUCGGAACCCAGCUGGCAUUUAGAAAAAAUAACAGGAACAGAGUUUACAAGUCCGAAAUUGGAUCGGAAAAAUUCACACUCUCUGAAAAAAGUUAACAAGGAUAAGAGGAAAAAAAUAUCUAUUUUAUCUCCUGCAGAGGAAGGAUUGACCGGUGUACAUGAUUUACCUCAAACCAAGACGGACAUAGUGCAGACUUUGAAGGCGCAGAUCACCCAACAGAAAGAGGAGCUUGCAAUCCUGCGGGUGAAAGCCAAGGCUGAAGCUGAAGAGGCGGAGAGAUGUAUGGAGGAAAUGAUGAAACACAGAGCAGCCUGGCCUGUGGAACUCGCAGAACUGGAAGGCAAACAAACUGCCCAGCAAACGCCAAAAAUCAGACAUGUGCAUUCAGACAAUUGCCUGGGUGGUGUUGCGUAUGCUGCACCUAAUGAGCGGAUUCUCAUCCAUGAUGCGGUAAAGGACCGAAGACAGAAUGAUAAAACAUACCCAGUUCUUCAAACAGAUAUCGUGGAAAAUGAGCCAGUGGAUGAUUCGUGGGACCAGAUGGAACCAGCCACGGAUUCUACCAGCAAGUGGAGUGAAAUAAGUGAGUUUUAUGGUACCCCCAAUAUGUUCAGCCGCUAUAGCCUGGAGAUGGCACAGCAGUAUCUGCGGGAAGAAGAACUACGGGCAAGACACCAGACAGCCCUACUGAGACUCCGCGAGGAGGCACUCAAGGAGAAGACAAGAGCCGAGCUUGCACUGCUGGAACAUCGAAGAAAAUGUUUAGAGCUGAACAAUGAGCACGGUAACGUAGAAGAAAUUCUGGAACUGGAACACAAGAUUCAAGAAAACCUGAAGCAAGAGCAGGCAGAAAUAAGACACCUGAGUAAUAUCUACAAGGCAGCCCAUCAGGAGAGGAAGUUGCUUUUAAAGCAGCAGAAGGACGUCUUGCGGAUCCAACAGUUAGCGGCCCAUAUGAAGAAGAAGCUGUACAGUGCAUGCGCAACUCAGCAGGUUCCAGGUGAUUCCAAAGAACAGAUAACCGAUGAUACUUUGUGCAGUUCUGCAGUUUUAUCAGUGCUGUCAAACCAAGACACCGACGCUGACCUUUCAGAUCACCUGGCAGAUGAUGAUGAUGAUUUUGUAGAAGACAGAAAACAGACGGACAGUGGCAGCAUUCCUCUUCCGGAUGUGUCGCCAGCAGAAGACAGAAACAUGCAUAAAGAAACCUUACCAAGACACCAAGAUGGGGCUGCGGAGGGCUAUCCUUCAUCAGGAAUGGAAGAACCAAUGAUGGAAGCUGUUGAGAAUAAUUUAAGAAAACACCAUCACAAGUUUCCGACGGCGGAGAGAAAACUGUGCAAUCAUUUACAGGCAGGACUGGCAGCUGUAUUUCCUUAUUUUACAUUAUUCAUACACACACAUUAUUCAUUCAUCUACAUAAGAGGGAACAGGCUGUGACUAUAAAUAGGCUCCU